CAAUUUAUUUAAAAAUAAAACAAAACACGAAAUACAUAAAAUUAAUAAAAAAUGUCAAUUAUAUUGUUAUUAAUUGUUUUAGUUAUUAAUGCAAUAAACUUAAUAAACAGUGAGCUUGUCAUCAGAAAUUGUGGUCCAAGCGAUUCCUAUUCACGUAUGGGUGCAAUUAAAAUUAAUCCCUAUCCCAUUAAGUAUCCAGGAACUGUCGAUAUUGACAUUGAUGUCAAUAUAAUUAAAGAUGUACCCAGUCAAGAUUUAAUAGCUGUACUAUCAUUGGAUAAAUUGACGCCCAAUCGUAUGCAUAUACCUUGUAUGGAUCAAAUUGGUUCAUGUACUUAUGAUUAUUGCGAACAACAAAAAGUAUGGAAAAAAGAUAGCAAUCUAUUCGGUGCAAUGAUGCCAAUUGAUUGUCCAGUAAAUACUAAAAACUAUACAUUUCAUUUUACUGAUCGUACACUACCUAACGUUCCCGAUAUUUUCAAAAAAGUUAUCGAUGGUCAGUCUGAAGUCAAUAUGUCAUAUGUGAACUCAAAGACAGGUCAGGUCUAUGGUUGUGUUUAUGCAAAGUUUGAUGUCAAAGUUUUAGACUUAUAAAAAGCAAACAACAAUU